AUGGAACUAAACAGCGAGGUUUCAUGCACCACACUGAUUAACAACCUGGGCGCCGUGGGAUGCAGGUCGGCCAUGGCAGGAGGGGAGGCAGGGAGGUUGGUAGUUGCGGAAAAGCAGGCGGAUCUGGAUGCCUUGUUUCAAGAUAAGGACGUGUCUAGGAGGGCGGUCCUCCUCAACGAGGAUCUCUUCACUCUAGAGAACAUGCUGGCGCUCAAGAAGUCCAGUAGAUGUUCAGGUAUCCUGCUUGCCCGCUCCGACGACCUGCCGACGUCGGGGGUUUUCUCACCAGCUAACCCCAUGCGCUACUGCAAGUGUGAGGAGCAGAAAGCUCCAUCUGGGUGCAGUGGGAAGUGGAACGUCCCAGGGAACAGCCUCUCGGAGCAGAGUUUCAACUUCCCUAUCAUCGCUGUGAACUCGUCGAGGACGGCCCAGCUCAAAGGGCUCAUAGCGCAGGUGAAGCCCUGGAUGCCAGCCCUGGUCGUGAGGAUGAACUUCUACAUGGACGUCUUCCAAGGCUUCCGCCUCGAGCAGGAGAGCUGGUGGGAGCUACAACAGGUGGACUCGUGCUGUCCCAACUGCAGGCCCAACUGUGCAGGGUCGUGUUGCGACUUUGGGUUCGAGUGCACCUCCUCCAAGACCCACCCAGUGUCAUGGGCUCAGCCGACAUGCGCUCGACAGAAGGAACCGACCUCGUAUGAUUGCAUCGGCAAGCAGACGUGUCUGCCCUUGGGAGGGUACAACAUCUGGUCCGUCGACUCUCCCUCGUUCCCCCCUCCGCCCUCCCAAGGAAUCAUUGUCGCAGCAGCAGCCAUGGACUCCAGCGCGUUCUUCCAUGACCUUGCCGAGGGAGCCUCCUCCCAAGGAUCUGCUGUGGUGGCCUUGAUCGCUGCUGCCGAUGCCCUCAAGGAUGUGCGAAGAAAGAUGCAGGAGCUGGCGGGUACUCCUAUCGUUUUCGCGCUGUUGCAAGGGGAGCAAUGGGACCAUAUAGGCUCCCGAAAGCUCCUCAGUGACAUAGCCAACUUCUCUUGCCGCAAGAUCAAAACCUCUCCUUCCAACGGCCUUCCCAACGAUGUCUGCGUCGACCCUCCCAUGCUAUCCCCCGAGAUCGUCCAGCUGCGGGACAACCCCAUAGACUUCGUGCUUGAAGUCGACCAGCUGACGUCAGCCGGUGGAGAGCUGGGAGAGUCUCAGGGGCUCUUCUUCCAUACUGGCUGCUCGCCCUCCGAUUCCUCAGUGAAGGCUCGAGAGCUCGUGCUCAAACAAGCUUCCGUCCCGGGGGUUGCGGGAGUCGCUUCCCCUGACGAGGGCCUGCCAUUCCCACCCUCAACCAUUGUGGGCAGCGUCUUGGAGGAGGCGACGGGGCAGCAGGAAGCUCGCAAGUUGGCAAAGGCACCCAAGGGAAGGGCUCUGCUUGCAGGAUACAGCUCCCACUUCACCAACCCUUUUUAUCAGAGCCGCUUCGACAAGAUUCAGAGCGGAGGAGCCGAGCUGCGGGCCGAGGGCUUGUGUCGGGCAGCUUCACGUCUGAGUAUGGUCCUGUACAGCCUGUCCACAGGAGCUGAAGCUCCUGCCCUGCACGCCAACUGCACGUUGGUGAGGGAGCUUGCAGGGAAGAUCAUGUGGAAGCAUUCGGAGCAGGAAGCCCCGUCCUCAUCCUACACGUCCGUCUACCAGCCUCCCACCCUGCGCGGCCCGAGCGAGAGGGAGCGCUUCCUCUUUGAGCAGCUUGCCAUGGCCACCUCUGCUCCAGGAGAAGUGAACGAGACGAGCAAGGAAGCCUCAGCCUGCGACUGUUGCGAUCCGUCGGGCUCCUGUCAGCCUGUGAAGCACUUUCGCUGCCUGCAGGGCAAGUGCGUCCGAUCCUUCGCCUUCUUUCAAGACGCUCUUCCUCUCGGUGUGGCAUGGGAUGUCAACCAGUCUCAGUUCGUCUUGUCUCAGGGCGACCGCAACAUGUCCCAUGUUGUGUGGACAGAGUCGAACUGGCAGCUGAACCUUGGAGCCAUGGUCUACCUAGAGGAGGAGACGACAGUCGAGCAAGCCGUGUUUGCGUGCGGUCUUGUCUUGUGCGCCUGCACCUUCUUGUUGGUUUCUAGCAUGAGCAAGUACUAUGAGAGACGAUUCAAGCACAACUGA